AUGUCUGACGUUUCUGAUGCUGAAGUUAGGUUUAGAUUGGAUUCAGCACAAUUGUAUUUAACAUAUACAAAUUGUGACCUUGAUCAUGAAGAUAUACUUAAUUAUGUUAAAUUUCAAUGUGAAAGUAAAAAGAAGAAUGUAAAAAAUUAUCUUAUAGUACGAGAACCUAACCAGGAUAAGGCUAUCAAUAUGGUGAAUUCAGGAAAAACUAUGGGUGAAGUUGCAACCGAAUGCCCAAAAACUUAUGUCUCCCAUCAUCGAGGUUUAGAAAAGUUGAAGGCGCGUGCUGACGAAAAAGAGCAUAAAUUUAAAGGAAAACCAUUUGUAGAAGUCCAUUAUGGUGAUAAAAAUUGCGGCAAAUCAAGCUAUACUGAAUUAUAUUCUGACGAUAUAGCUUAUAGACUUGAUGAUAGAGGAUAUUUUGAUGGAUAUGAUGGUCAAGAAAUAUUGAUAUUUGAUGAGUUUAACGGAAGUCAAGUAGCAUUAGAUGUGUUUUUAAAAAUUACAUCUGGACAACAAAGACAACUAAACGUUAAAGGUAAAAAGGUUGCAAAUAAAGUUCGCCAUGUUAUUGUUACUAGUAAUAAACAUCAUAAGGAAUGGUAUAAACAAGAUAAAUAUAAUGAGGGACAGUCGGAUUGGAGGCUUGAUUGUAUUUGGAAAUAUACAAAAAAUGGAAAUUCUUUCUCUCAAAGAAAGAUCGAACGCAACCCAUUUACAUUUACAAAUAAGAAACGAAUUCUUAACUAUUUAAAAAAAAUAGAUUAUCCAAAAAAAUUUCCGGAGUCUUUAAGUCGUGACGAAAAAGUAUUUGUUGAAGGAUAUAUGGACAUCCCUUAUAAUCCAAAAUUUGAUGAAAAUUCGUCUGAUGACGAGUAUUCAGGAGUUGUAGUUCAUAAUAAUUUCUCUGAACAUCAUAAACGUAAAGGAGAUGAUGUUAAUGGCUUUGAACGCACGAAAAGAAGCAAAUUCAACAAUAAUGAUGAGAUUUAUAAACA